GCAACUUCGAGACAUUUAAAUUUUUUUUCUGUUUUCGUGCAAAUAUGCAUCGCAGUUUUUCAGUAGAAGAAAAUAAUGACCACAAGAGAAUUAUUUUCAACAAUGAUCAUGAUGAAGAAAAACCCACCACUGUACCACAAACAUUACUUAACGACUCUAAUAUUUCAGAUGUUGAAAAAUGUGAUAAAACAGACAAUGUCAGUCGUAUAGUGGAUGCUUUAAGAUGUGCACUUGUUAGUUUCGAAAGGCAUAUACAGGCAGAAAACAGUUGCACGGAUGAUAUUAGGAAUCUAUGCAAUGAAGCUAAAUCGUUGCAAGCAAAAUUAAGAGACAAAAAAUGUUUGAUAAUAAGUCAUUUUCAGAAUGUUUUUUCAAAUCUUGCUGAGGAAAAUUGAAAUGAUACUUGAACUAACUACGAGUCAAACUCAUCUUUUUUCAAAAAAUAAAUACAAGUUAUGCAUAUUUAU